AUGGAAUCGCUGCCCCACGAGGUCGUAGAGCGCAUCCUAGAGAAGACUUGCUGUGGAUUCUCUGCUGAGAUUCACGGCUGUAUCGAAACAAUGGAAAUCAUCGAUCGAAUCUCCAUUCUUCCAACAAAGACAAUUGACACAGCGUCAGCAAUCAGAAGUCGUGAGGAUUAUUUUAACCCGGAUUUAAAACAUCUAACUACACUGGUGUUGGGUUCAUCAUCAUCGGUCACCAUCCCUACACCUUGGGAGAAGGACAAGGAGAAGGAGAAGGAGAAGGAGAAGGAGGACGAAGAAUUCUUCUUAGUUUCUUUUGAUAGCUGUGACGGUCUCGUUUGUCUCUACAAAUACUGGAAAUCUGGUUAUGUGGUCAAUCCCACCACUAGAUGGUAUCGCCCUCUUCCUCUCUCUCAAUUACAACAACUCCUUAUCAGCUUAGGUCGCAGUGUCUUCGAGCUUGGAUACACAGUCUGUGAUAUUGGAUUCGGUAAAGACAAAAUCACGGGCACAUACAAACCCGUUUGGUUAUACAAUUCUUUAGAAAUUGGCCUUGAAAACGCUACUACAUGCGAGGUUUUCGACUUUAACACCAACGCUUGGAGAUAUGUUUCUCCGACCGCUCCCUAUCGGGAGGAAACCAAAAUUCUAUCUUUCGAUCUUCACACUGAAACCUUUCGAGUGGUCUCUAAAGCUCCUUUUACCAAUGUAAAAGCUUUUGAUAUCGUCAUGUGCAAUCUCGGCAACCGCUUGUGCGUUUCCGAGAAGAACUGGCCCAACCAAGUGAUAUGGUCAUUCAAUUCAGGCAACAAGACAUGGCACAAAAUGUUUUCCAUUAAUCUUGAUGUAACUUCUCAUUGGUUUGGUAAUCACAUAGCCGCGGUCAUGCCACUAGCACUUUUUUAUGAGAAGAAGAAGAAGAAGAAGUUGUUGUUUUAUUGUCGUGUGCGAAGUCGAACAUUGAUGGUAUAUGAUCCCGAAACCGAAUCAUAUGAUGUUGCUUUCAAUGAUUACUCCAUCGGUUAUCCUCUUUGUUAUUUCCAGAGUUUAAUCUCUAUUUCAUAA